UACUUAAGUACUUGAGAGCUCUGCUUUUCUUUCUUUCUGUUUUUGCUUCGUCAGAGUUGACUUCCUGUGACUCGGCGUUGUUUUGGCGUUACCUGACCUCCCUGCACGACCGGCGGCGGGCGAUCGACUGGAUCCAGAGCGGGGCGUCCUGCGGCGGCUCCCGGUGGCCGGAGUUAACCCCCGAGCUGAUCAACGACAACAGCGUGUGCAGCAGCUACAUGAGGGAGCAGAUCCUGGACCUGCUGGCCAGGAGAAGUCUGUUUGUGCCGGAUGAGCUGGCGGACCUGGAGCAGCUGCUGUGGAGGCUGGCUCAGGGCGGAGGUGUGAUGGACGCGUCCCCUCCCGUCCCUCAGUACCGCUCCCCCCUCGGCCUGGACCUCCACAGCGUCUUCACGGCCUUCUGUGUGGAGCGCAGCCUGAAGUACCUGCUCUACACCUACCUGGAGCACUACAGGUUGACGCCCAGAAACUGUCCCCUCCUGACCAAUCAGAGCCUGUCUGAGAGCCAGCCCUGGUUUGAGAUGCUGGUGAGGAUCCAGGAGAUCAGCAGAGAUCUGUCAGAUCCAGGACUGGUCUUCCAGGCCAGUUUAACCAGUGCUCAGGUGCUGCUUCCAGGCAGCCAGGCGUCCCUCAGCAGUCUGCUGUUAGAGGGACACAGUCUGCUGGUCCUGGCUGCCGUCAUGUUCGCCCCCGGAGGAAUUGACCAGGUGGUGGCUCAGGGUGAAAGGUCAGGCAGGUCCGAGCGGACGGUCGACCCCCAGCUCCUGAAGAUGGCGCUGGCCCCUCACCCCAAACUGAGAGCCGCCCUGUUCCCGGCGGGGCCCCGAGGACACAGCCCGGCGUCGGACAUCUCCGUCUACCACCUCCUGCAGGCGCUCCAUCCUCUGGACCCGUCCCGGCUGUUCGGCUGGCAGACAGCGAACACCCUCAAUUCCACCGAAACGUCAGAGCUGCCUCAUUUCUCCAGCCCUCACCUGGUCAGCAGGUUUGCUCUGGUGGAGAAUCUGGACUUCCUGUUCUACCUGCGUCACGGCCGGCCGUCCUUCGCGUACGCCACCUUCCUCGUGCAGCAGCUGAGCGGCUGCGGUGACAUCACGCCGCUUGUGCAGCAGGCGUGGCAGCAGGUGUACCGCUUGGCGCUGCAGUGGUUUAACGUUCCCUCGGUGGCAUCAGCGGCGGUUUGUUUCUCCGAGCUGCUCGGAGUCU